ACGGACGCCGCGCUCAUGGCCGUGGGCGCGGCCGCGGCGGUUGCCAACGGGAUGGCGCGGCCGCUCAUGACCUUCAUCCUGGGCGACGUCAUCGACGCCUUCGGCUCCGCUGAUGGCUCCUCCAACGUCGCGCACAGGGUCUCUAAGGUGAUUAUGAACUUUGUCUAUCUUGCCAUUGGGGCAGGACUCGCUUCAACACUUCAGGUAUCAUGUUGGACAAUUACUGGAGAAAGACAAGCAGCACGAAUCAGAGCCCUGUAUCUCAAGGCUAUUCUAAGACAAGACAUAGCAUAUUUUGACAUGGAAAUGAGUACUGGUCAAGUGACCGAAAGGAUGGCGGGUGACACAUUUCUCAUUCAAGAUGCCAUAGGGGAGAAGGUUGGGAGGUCCAUACAACUCCUUUCUACUUUUAUUGGUGGCUUCAUUAUAGCAUUUGUGAGAGGAUGGCUCUUGGCUCUUGUUAUGCUCUCAAGCAUUCCUCCAAUAGCUAUUUCCUUUGCAAUCAUAACGAAGUUGAGGAUAAGACUCUCCACCCACAUGCAAGCAAAAUAUGGUGAUGCUGGAAAUGUUGUUGAACAAACUCUUGGGGCCAUCAGAACGGUAGUUUCGUUCAGUGGCGAGAAGCAUGCUAUAAAAAUGUAUAACAAGUUAAUAAGAAAAGUGUAUGAAUCCGCACUAUUGGAAGGUAUUGUAAGUGGACUUGGACUGGGUUCCAUGGAGCUAUCCUUAUUUUGCAGUUAUGGAUUGGCAGUCUGGUACGGAUCUAGAUUGAUAGUUGAGCAUGGAUAUAAUGGAGGCUCGGUUAUUUCUAUUAUAAUGGCUGUCACGAUCGGUGCGAUGUGCUUAGGUCUUGCAACACCAUCAGUGACAGCUUUCGCAGAAGGUCAAGGAGCAGCAUAUAGAAUGUUCAAGAUAAUUGAGCGGCAGCCAGAUAUUGACAUAUAUGAUACCACAGGCAUCAUUUUGGAGGACAUCAAGGGUGAUGUUGAAUUGAAGGAUGUGUACUUCAGCUAUCCUACUAGACCUGAAUAUUUGGUAUUUAUCGGAUUUUCAUUGCGAGUACCAAGUAGCACUAUUAUGGCCCUAGUUGGCGAGAGUGGCUGUGGGAAGUCAACCGUGAUCAGUUUAGUGGAGAGAUUCUACGAUCCACAGGCUGGACAAGUCUUGAUUGAUGGAGUUGACAUUAGAAGAAUGAAGCUGGGGUGGAUAAGAGGAAAAAUUGGUCUUGUUAGCCAAGAACCAGUGUUGUUCUCAACUACGAUCAGGGAGAACAUUGCAUACGGAAUGGAAAAUCUAACACUUGAAGACAUCAAGGCCGCUACCGAGCUUGCGAAUGCAGCCAAAUUCAUUGAUAACUUUCCAAGUGGUCUUGACACAAUGGUUGGUGAACGUGGAAUUCAACUGUCUGGAGGCCAGAAACAAAGAAUAGCAAUUGCCAGAGCAAUCGUAAAGAACCCUAAGAUCUUACUACUUGAUGAAGCAACUAGUGCAUUGGAUAUGGGAUCAGAGAGGGUAGUUCAAGAAGCUUUGAAUAGGGUAAUGUUACAAAGGACUACAAUUAUUGUUGCUCAUCGUCUGAGCACAGUGAAGAAUGCUGAUGUGAUAUCAGUCUUACAGAAUGGGAAGAUGGUGGAACAAGGUUCACAUGUAGAGUUGAUGAAGAUACCUGAAGGUUCUUACUCUAAGCUAAUUCAUCUACAGGAGACUCAGCCAGAGGCGGAAUCUUCUCAUAUUGAUAAUGAUAUGAUAUCAACAAAUGAUUUUGGGUCCACAACGAUCAACACCGAGCCAAGAAGCAAAAGUUUCUCUGCGAGGUCAGUUAGUAAAGGUUCAUCUUCUAUUGGGCAUAGUGAUAGGCACUCUUUCUCUGCCUCGCCUCGGAUACCUGACCCAACAGAGUUUAGUCCUGCUCCGAACAUAGAGGAUGACAAGACACACAAUGUGAUGACAAAUGGUCCAAAGAAAGCUCCAAUUGCUAGGCUUUUCUAUCUGAACAAACCAGAGGUUUUUGUUCUUUCACUUGGUUCUAUUACUGCUGCAAUGCAUGGAGUCAUUUUGCCAUUAUUUGGCACAUUGAUUUCAAUUGCAAUAAAGACAUUUUAUGAGCCACCAGAAAAACUACCAAAGGACUCCAGGUUCUGGGCAAGCAUGUUUGUUACAUUGGGCGCUUAUAGUUUUGUUCUGAAUCCAGUAGAGUAUUUCCUGUUUGGAUUAGCAGGUGGGAAGCUUGUGGAGCGCAUAAGAUCAUUGAUGUUUCAAAGUGUAAUGAGCCAAGACAUCAAUUGGUUUGAUAAACCUGAGCACUCAAGUGGAUUGAUAGGUGCCAGGCUAUCGACCAAUGCUCUUAUCGUGAAGCAACUAGUUGGCGAUAACUUAGCACUUAAUGUGCAGACUUUAUCAACUAUCGUAUCAGGCCUCACAAUAGCAAUGGUAGCAAAUUGGAAGAUGACACUGAUUAUAACAUUUGUGCUCCCCUUUGUGGGUUUGCAAGCCUAUGCUCAGAUGUUAUUUCUUAAAGGUGUCAAUAAAAAUGCAAAGUUGAAGUACGAAGAAGCAAGUCAAGUAGCAACUGAUGCAGUUGGCGGCAUCAGAACUGUGGCAUCAUUUUGUGCCGAAAAGAAUGUGAUGGAAACCUAUGAGAUGAAAUGUAAAUCUCCAAUAAGGCAAGGAAUAAGGGAAGGUGUUGUUGGUGGCUUGGGAUUUGGCUUCUCAUUAGCUGUAUUCUACUUUGCGUAUGCUCUCUGUUUCUACGUUGGUGCAAAGUUUGUUCAGCAAGGAAAGGCAACAUUUCCUGAAAUAUUUAAGGUCUUUUUUGUAUUAGUAUUGGGAGCUGAAGGAAUCUCCCGAUCAAGCGCAAUAGGUGCAGACAGUAAUAAGGUUAAUGACGCAGCCACCUCUGUCUUUGAAAUUCUUGACUGUAAAUCCAAGAUCGAUUACAGCAGCGAGGAGGGUGUGACCAUUGCAAGCGUGAGGGGUGACAUUGAUUUCCAGAAUGUAUGCUUUAGUUAUCCACUGCGACCAAGUAUUCAAAUAUUCAAGGAUCUAUCACUGAGUAUUCCUUCUGGAAAGACUGUUGCACUGGUUGGGGAGAGUGGAAGUGGGAAAUCCACGGUGAUUGCACUGCUUGAGAGGUUCUAUGACCCGGAUUCCGGGAGCAUCUUUCUUGACGACAUUAAUCUUCAGACCUUCAAAGUAAGCUGGCUUCGGCAGCAAGUGGGGCUAGUUUCCCAAGAGCCAGUACUGUUCAACGACACCAUCCGCGCCAACAUUGCUUAUGGGAGGCAAGGGGAGGCUUCCGAAGAAGAGAUCGUUGCUGCUGCUGAAGCAGCCAAUGCACACGAGUUCAUCUCCGCCCUUCCUGAUGGGUACAACACCAUCGUCGGCGAGAGAGGGAUCCAGUUGUCAGGUGGGCAGAAGCAGCGUGUUGCCAUCUCUAGGGCCAUUAUAAAGAAUCCCAAGGUGUUGCUGCUCGACGAGGCAACGAGUGCACUGGAUGUGGAGUCGGAGCGAGUGGUGCAAGAGGCACUAGACAAUGUGGUCGUUGGUCGGACUACUGUGGUGGUGGCGCAUCGCUUAUCGACAAUCAGAGGUGCAGAUGCCAUCGCUGUCCUGAAGAAUGGGACGGUAGUCGAGAAAGGGAGCCAUGGUGAACUAAUGCGGAUAAAGGAUGGCAUCUAUGCUUCACUUGUUGAGCUCAGCUCUAGUUCUUCGUGAUCUCAUGGAGACCUGGACACAUUAUUCACAGCUGGCUUGAGAACCUUCUCUUUUGGAUUGGAUAAUAUGGAAAAGGGUGCUACUCAAGCUUACAAGAGUUAAUUAGUUCCCAGUCUGUUCACGAGCAACAGCAUGUCCGCAACAUGCACUGUUCACCUGUAUCUCUGUAAAAUGUUGUUUAAUGUUUGUGAAUUGUUUCAUCGAAAAGGUAUCUGAAUUUGUAAGGCUGGAGUCGA